CUCAUCUACGUUGCCUGCGCGUACGCUACAGUCUACCUGAUCUACAUGAAAUUCAAGGCCACCUACGAUGGGAAUCACGAUACCUUUAGAAUUGAGUUUCUUGUGGUGCCCGUCGGCGGACUGUCUUUCCUUGUCAAUCAUGAUUUCUCUCCUCUGGAGAUCUUGUGGACUUUCUCCAUCUACUUGGAGUCCGUGGCGAUUCUUCCCCAACUUUUUAUGAUCAGCAAAACUGGGGAAGCCGAGACCAUCACUACUCACUAUCUCUUCUUCCUGGGCCUCUACCGUGCCUUGUAUCUCAUCAACUGGAUUUGGCGCUACUAUUUUGAGGGGUUCUUUGACCUCAUAGCCGUGGUGGCUGGGGUGGUCCAGACCAUUCUGUACUGUGACUUCUUCUAUUUGUAUGUUACGAAAGUACUCAAAGGGAAGAAGCUGAGUUUGCCAGCGUAAAGUGCCAAGGGUGGUCAUCCUGGAUGCGUAGAGACCGUCAAGAAGUUGAAGAUGCUCGAACAGAUGGCCUCCUGCCCUCUUGUUGCAGAGAGUCCCCCUCCCCAAAUGGGGCUCUGUAGGACCAGAGACCCAGCUGACUUCUGUUUGACGCAUCUCGCCUUUUCCCCCCCCUUCUUUUUUUAUUACUAUGUAUAAAGAUUUUUUACACGAGAGAAACU